ACAUGUGUGCCUCUGUCUGCGUCUCAUCCUCGAACUGCAAUUCUAUGGCUAAGCUGUUUCAUCGAUGAACUGCAAUUCGAGCGCUGUACAAGACGAACGAGCAAGUUUUGGUGACGACGACUUCGCAUUGAAGACAUAUCGAAGCAUCAUGGAUCAAGUUGAUAAUGUUGAUAAUGUUAAUGUCGUUGAUGUGAACUCAACUGUGAACUCAACUCCAUGCUUGAACACUUCCUUAUCUUCUAAACAAUGGAUUCCAGCUUGCCCCCCCUGAUUGUAAACCUGAUGUUGGAUCAUGUGUCUGUUGUUGAUAUUCUUCGUGGGAAAACGUAUAAAGUUACAUAUAAUCCCGGUGAUCAUGCUAGUUCUUGCUCUUGCAAGAUGUUUGAGAGGGAAGGUAUCUUGUGCCGUCAUGUUCUAUUCAUAAUAAAAAGUAAGGGUGUUCGUGAGCUUCCGGGUUAAUAUAUACUAAAUCGUUGGACAAAAAAGCUUUGGAAAAGCCUAUUUUUGACUGUUCUGGGAACAUAUUGGAUGAAUGUGGUGCUGAUUCGAAAAAUAAGUUAAUUGGUGGGUGAUCUGUGGUCAUCUUUUUUCAGUUGUGUUUCUCUUGCUGAGAGUUCAAAUGAUGAUCUGCAGAAGUUAUUGGACAUGAUUGAAUCUUUCAAAGGCUCUAUUCUUUCAAAACAUACUUCCAAUGAUGUUGGAAAAAGUUCCAAUGAUAUUGAAAGCCUUAUAGGUAUUAGCUUUUCAUCAGAAUAUAGCAUUUAUCCUCUGAACAUUUAUGUCAAUAAAAGCAGAAAAAAGAAUGAUUAGCAAGCGUGAAGAAACUAUACUUAAAAAGAGGUCAAGUAAUGUAGGAAAAAGUGAUGCUUGUGCAACAGAAGAUCAAGUCAAGAAGCCAAAAACAUGUAAAUCUUGUGGUGAAGUUGGUUUCCAUGAUAGUACAAAUUGUCCUAAUAAAGAAUGUGACACUUCUUCAAGUUCUUGCUACAUUGGACUCUGGCUGCCUCUUGAUGUUUUUCCAAGUCCUGAACCUAAGUUUGAAUGUUUUUGUUUCUUUAGCUUUGCAUUUUGCCAACUAAUGAGUUUAGCUUUUGCUUAUAAACUGGACUGAUAUCCAGUUAGAGACGUAUAUGCGUAUGUGUAAAUUGAAACUUCAAAGAUUGCAUUCAAUCGAACGAAAUGUCAGGAACCAAUUAAAGACUAAAAUACUCAACAACUCAGAGUUACAAUUACAC